AUGGGUAUCCAGACCCUUCUCGAAGCUGAGAAGGAGGCCGCAAAGAUCGUACAGAAGGCACGAACAUACCGAACUCAGAAGCUCAAGGACGCACGUAACGAGGCAUCAAAAGAGAUCGAGCAGCUCAAGUCCAAGAAGGAGAAGGAAUUCAACGACUUCCAGAAGGAGCACGAGGGCUCAACCUCCAACUCGCAGAACACCGUAGACAAGGAGACUGAAGAGAAGCUCGAACAACUCAACAAGGCCUUCGAGGCGAACCGCGAAGAGGUCAUCAACAAGCUUCUCGAUCGAGUCGUCGAUGUCAAGACCGAGCUUCACAGGAAUUUACAGCUCAAGCAGCAGCAGCAACAGCAGAAGGCUUGA